AUACGAAUAGUUGGCAGGACCAAGUGGGAAUCGAAGUUGUUUUUAUUGGAUACUUUCGGCAUGUUUAUUGUGUGUGGUACGAGUGACGGCCAGCCAAAAUUGUGUUUUAAUUAUUUUUGAAAACGAUUCGAUCAGUGUUUAGUAAUUACGUGUGGCAAGUGCAGGUUCUCCAUUAUAAAACAAACCACCCCAUACUGCUGUCUAGAUGCUUUUUACCAAUCACACUCAACCAGUGACGGUUCCCCAAUCGUAAAUGCCAAACUAAUCGAAAAGCAGUGCGUUUAAAAUCGAGUUCGGUCCAACCGGAGCUGUUGUGAACGUGGUGCGUGCGUCAGCGAAACAACAAAUAAAAUAAUAAGAUGGGCUGUGAAUUGGGCAAACUGGCUUCGGGACGGACGCAUCCGGGCUCGAACCGGGCGCUGAACGAUCCGGCGCCGCCGGCCAAAGUCGAUCCCCGGCUGCCGCUCACCGCCAAACAGAAGUACAACAUGCUCGCCUCCUGGAAAGGGAUCAGCAGGGCGAUGGAACCGACUGGGGUUAACAUGUUCUUAAGAUUAUUCGAGGAACACGGAGAACUGCUGAAUCUGUUCGAGAAAUUUAAGGAGCUGAAAACAAAAGAACAACAGGCCACGAGUUUAGAACUGGCCGAGCAUGCCAGUAAUGUAAUGAACACCCUGGAUGAAGGCAUCAAAGGACUAGACAACUUGGACACUUUCUUUGACUACCUUCAUCAAGUUGGUGCGUCGCAUAGGAAAAUACCAGGCUUCCAGGCGGAAUAUUUCUGGCGGAUAGAAAAGCCGUUCCUGGAGGCCGUCGAACAAACUUUAGGGGACAGAUACACGGAAAACGUAGAGAAUAUAUACAAAAUAACGAUAAAAUUUAUAAUUGAAACUCUGGUGACUGGUUAUAAUAACGCCAACCCAACAACAUGAACAAGAGACUGAUUUUCUCGAAUUAUUUUGAACCAACAACCGAAUGUUUGUAUAUUUUGAGUGCCGUGGUACAAAGUAAAAAGAAUGUGUGUGUGUGUGUUUCUUCAUUUUUUUAGUUCCAUUUCGCUUCCAGAAUGUGAAUGUGUGUUUGAAAACAGGGAAUGUCCCAGGAAAAAUGACGGUUUCAAUGAUAGAAAAAUAACGAAAAGUCAGUCUUCCCCAGUUUUUUCUGUGUCCCUCCCUGAAAUUAUACACAGAUGCAAUGCUGAAUUGUUUUUUAAUUGAUAUUGUGAUUCAACAAAAGACGAAGACAUUGUAUAUUGUGAAAAAAAUUGUGAUAUUAUUUUAUUAUUAUAUAUAGUUAAAAGCAACUGUAACGUAUAGUAUUAUAAAUUAAUUAUAUUUAAUACUGAUCUAUCACAAUUUUCUUCGGACUUGUAAAUAUUAUUUGUAAGAUAAUCAAAAUUUUUACAAAAAUUAUAAAUGUAAUUGAAUUAAUAAGACCAAAUGUACUUCUCAUUAACUCAUCUCAACUUUCACUAUUACUCUAUCCUUUACUGUCUUUGAUUAUCUUAUGAAAAUAUUCAUUUCACAAACACCCUUCGAUAUAUGGUCAAGUGAUAACACUUUCUAGUACAAUUGAAAAUAAGACGGUCGACUAAAAUUGCGUGAUUUAGCCUAAAUGAAGUAGAACUAGAUUGUCGUCAAGUACUUCCUUCGAACUUUCUGGAUAUUCCAUGUUCAUCCUUAAUUUAGCAACGACGAUCGUUAUUUAAAUAGGGGCGAAAUGCUCUGUCCGUGCUUAAGGGGCUCACUGUCGAUUUAUUUUAUGUAAACAUGCAAUUUUUUACUAUGACCUAUUUAGAAAUAAUACUUGCUUCAAUUAUGUAAUGUUGGGGUUGCCAAAAAUCUUUGAAAUUAUUUUAAUACUGUACUUCUCAUGAAUAUAAAAUACAUCACUAAGUAUUUAGGUAAUAAAUAUGUGGUCUUUUUGUAAUUGUCCAUUUUAAUAUAAUUUUAAAAUUUUAAGCUGAUAUAUAAAUAGAUGUGUAACAUUAAUGGCAACCUUAUAUUAUUCGAAAUUGUACCUUACACAAGAUAUUUUAAAAAAUACUCAUAUAGUAUAUUUGUACAGACACUUUUAAAUACAUAUAUCUGUGGUGUUUGUUUCUUAAAGCUCUAAAUGUUUGUAAAAAAAAUAUUUAUUGUAAAUCAGUCAAUUUAUAGUCAAUUGUAUAACUGUUAUUAUUUCAAAGAUAUAUUUUGUACAUUAAGAGAACCAAAUAUUGCUGUUUAAGUUGCAGUGUACAAAGUAAAAUUAAGUUUCUAUAGGUUUUCAAUUAUAGAAAAGGCCAAGUCAUAAGCAAAUAUAUGCGUAGAUAUUUAUUUAUUUAAACAGGUGUAAUAGUAAGAAUAAGUCACACACUAUCAAUAAAUAAAAGUGUUUGGUGUCUACAAAAUUAACAUUCAAACAUAUCAAAAUAGUUGAAGGCAGAAAACAAACAAAAUUUGCACACUUGCUAUUACACAAUUAGAACAUUUUAUUUAUUUAUUGUUUAAAACUGACUGUAUUAACAAUAACCAAGAUUUUUUCUAAAUUGAAUAUUGAACAAUUUGAAAUACGUAUCCUGCUUGAGGGUGACAACGUUUUUAACAAAAUGGGGUAAGCACGGUUUAAAAAAAUAACAUUCUUUUACUUUUUUACAAACAAUUCAUAAAUUGUAUAUAAAAUACGUUAUAUUUUUAUACAGUAACAUUUUAUACAUUAAGUAAAAAUAAAAUUCGCACUACAUGGCCGUGCUAAGGAACCCAACAAAAACAUAUAAUUUUUUAAAUCAGUGUUGAACAGUUUAACGGUACCUGGGUGUCGGCGUCACAUCAGUAAAUUGGUGAUUUCCGAUCUGACGCUGAAGGAAUCAAAAAUAAAUUGCCCGUUAAAUUCUAGCAAAUAGGGCAGAAAUUUAUCAGACGUUUCUAAAUGUACAUACAACAACUAAACACAGGGUACAAAAUUUAAUGUUAGUGCCAAGCGAAAUAAUUAUUUUAAUAAAAGACUUGAAAAUUGUGACAACACUGAUUUACCCUUAAACCCAAGUAUGUAAUCAGUGGAAAUUUGAAGGCGUUUCGACGCGAUACAAAUUAAUGUUGUAAUAGAACAUGUUCGUAGAUGGAAAACUUGCAACGCAUGUGACAGUUUUCCUUCUAACAUUUAAACAUUGUACAUAAUAUAUGGUCAAGUUUUAUUUCUACAGGAUCACAACUUGUAUAUUGUUAAUUGUGUAUAGGUAUAAUGUGUAGUUUACUACACAUUUCCAGAUUAGGUUUAAAACGUAUCAUAUAUGCAUAAAGUACAUGUUGUGUGUAAUAUACUAUUGUUAUUUAUAUAAAAAUUAAAUAGCGAUGAAAU